AUGGCAAUUAUCAAUAUCGGGUCACGACUUCUCGUUAUCAUUGUUCUAUCUGUACUACUUGACUUUUCUGUGUUGGCAACGGAAACGGGUUCCUACUAUCGCCAAGUUAAAAACAUAAUACCCAGAAUUACACGCAAUAAUUUGGGAAUAACAUGCGAAAAGUCUCGCUCGUAUAGCUUCGAAUACCUCAUAAAAGCUGGCAAAAAUGCGCAUCCUACAAGAAAUUUUCCCCUUAAAUUUGGAGUCUUUAAAUACGAAAUAGAAGGACCGUAUUAUCUCUAUCCGAUUUACAUAGGUGAAAGAUAUUACAAUGAAGGACCCAUCGGGGAAGAUUUUGUUGUUAUUAAUUCACAAAGGUUUAUUCUAGGCGGAGUAACAGUUAGGAUGAUCUACAAUGAGCUGAAUUAUUAUCCGUGUUUACCGCAGAAAACAAAGUUCCGCUUGACUGAUGACGAUACUAUCCUUAACGCUAUGGAGGCCGCUGUGGAUAACCCUGGAUCGAGUAGCAGUGAAAGUAACACAGUAGGAGUAGUAGAUGGCCCAAAAAAGGAACUGGUCGUCACGCAGGAUGAGACAGGCCCUCAAGAUUGGAAUCCUUUCAUGCCGAUGAAAUACUGGAAAUUUGAAGGCCAGAAUCUCUUUAAUUAA